CUUUCAUCGCCCUGGCCCUGGCCGUGUCCACUUCUGUCCCGAUCGCCGUCGCCGACUUUCCGAUAUCUGGCCGAUUCUCUUUGCUCUAGACCACAUCUCCGAUUGGUCUUCCCUUCCCCAUUGCUGCACUUCACAUCGUGGUCUCUCGAAUCCAAGCGGCGAUAAUAGCCACAGAGCCUCCAACAAUCCUCCAACACCCACAACAGUCCGAUCCCGUAUCUGUUCUUCUCAUCUCGCCAUCAUGAGCGGCGGAAGCAGCGGCUUAAUCGAAAGCCUGAGACGAGCCGAUCUGGAGCAAUACUACGGCAACCUGGCCGCUUUCGGUGUGACCUCGAUCGACACCCUCACCCAGCUGACCAUGCAAGACUAUGCCAUGGUCGGGGUCCACAGCAUGGAAGACCGCAAAAGUACGUCACUGCUGCUGCCACGUCUGUCCGAGAACCCCGCCUUCUCGGAUAGCCUUCUGGGGGGCUCCUAUACCUCUUCAAGCAAGCAAGACUCCAAGAUUCCCGCUCCCGGCCAGUCGAUGCUCCCUCGUCCUCCCGGAUCGCAGGCAGUCGCACAGCCCGUCUCUGCCGCCCCUGCAUACACGAGCCUGCUUCAGCAACAUUUGUACCAACAGCAACAGCAGCAGCAGCAACAGCAAUCUCAGCAACAGCAAUCUCAGCAACAGCCACUGAGCGGCGGAUACCACGCCCGUCCCACGCCACCGCAGUCACCCUAUGUCUCUGGCGGUACCGCUGCAUACCAGGUGCCACUCCAGAGCAACGGACAGAGCACGGGCUCGUUCGGUGUCAAGCUUCGUCGCUCAGGAUCCCGAGGGGCGACGGGCAUGUCUGCUCUGAGCAGCUCUGUUCCCGAUAACUCUGGUGGCGCAUACAUGCCCACUUCCUCGCUGCCCUCAGCCACCGCGGGCUCAAGCAUACCGAUCCAGCCGCCGUCCGAUUCCAACCCAUACGCUUCGACAGUCGGCAGCAACCCGAGCUCAUUCUCGGAAUCGUACAAGGUGCCUCUUACGACACAGCCGCAGCAGCAGCAGCAGCAACCGCUCCAGUCGGACGACUAUGACGACCCGAAUGAUCCCCAGGCUGGCUCCAAGACGCCAAAGCCGCUGAGCAGAAAGGGCAGCAUCAACACCAUGAACGCGAUCAAAAAGUCGGCCGUCGCCCCCUUGCUCAAUGCCUAUGGUGUGCCCAUUGACCCAUCGUCGGCCAGCGCCAUCAAGCGCAGCGGCUCCAGCAACGUGCCGCCGUCGGACCUGAACGCUCGAAUCCGUGUGUGUGUGCGCAAGCGCCCGCUCAACAAGAAGGAAAAGGCCAGGAACGAGAUUGACAUUGCCACGCUCAAGAGCAGCCGCAUCAUUGUCAUCAAUGAGCCCAAGGUCAAGGUCGAUCUCACCAAAUACGUCGAGCAGCACAACUUUAUGUUUGAUGAAGUAUUCGACGUCGAUUCCACGAACGACGAAGUCUAUCGACGGACGGCGGCUCCCUUGGUUGAGUAUAUUUUCGAAGGCGGCAAGGCCACAUGCUUCGCCUAUGGCCAGACCGGAAGUGGCAAGACCUACACCAUGCUGGACGAGCAAAACGGUCUCUAUGUCCUGGCCGGCCGUGAUAUCUUCAACAUGCUGAAACAGCCUGAGCACCUCGACAAGACCGCAUACGUCAGCUUCUACGAGAUCUACCAGGGCCAGCUCUACGACCUGCUCAACUCGCGCAAGAAGCUCUUUGCACGCGAGGAUGGCAAACAGCAAGUCUGCAUUUCCGGCCUGGAGGAGCACGCGGUCGACACUGUCGAGCGUCUGAUGCAGAUCUUUGAGCGCGGCAGCAACACCCGCAGCACAGGUGCGACGGGUGCCAACGCCGACUCGUCGCGAUCCCAUGCCAUUUUGCAAAUCGUGCUCAAGACCAAUCGCGGCAAGCGCCAGCAGAUUGUGGGCAAGUUCAGCUUUAUCGAUCUCGCUGGCAGCGAACGAGGCGCCGAUCGGGGCGAUGCCGACAAGCAAACAAGAAUGGAGGGUUCGGAGAUCAACAAGAGCCUGCUGGCCCUCAAGGAAUGCAUCCGUGCCCUGGAUCAGGAUUCAAGGCACACGCCCUUCCGCCAAUCCAAGCUUACCCAGGUGCUCAAAGACUCAUUCAUUGGCAACUCGCGAACCUGUAUGAUUGCCACGGUCUCGCCCAACAUCUCCAACAGCGAGCACAGCCUGAACACGCUCCGCUACGCCGACCGAGUCAAGGAGCUCAAGGGCGACAGCAAGAUGCAGUCCAUGACAGUUUCGCGCCUCGAGGGCGAGGACCACGAGCUGAUCAUGGAGGAGAUUCACAACUUCGAGCCCGACUCGCUCCAUGACAACGACGAGGACUUUUUGCUGGACGAGGAGAUUCCCGACAACCUUCUGCUGAGCGACGACGACCAGCGGAGCUAUGACUACGACCAAGACGAGUUUAUUGACGACGACCGCGACGACGAGCUUGACGGAGGAGAGUCACAGACACUCAACUCGGUCGCUGACCAGGAGCUCUCCCAACGGGUCCAGCAGCUGAGCAUGAACUCCAACGCCCGGCCGACUGCUGCGGCUUCACAGCUGCCAUACCCGCAGCAGCCGCUUCGAUCCUCGCAGAACCAAGUGCGGGCUGCCGCCGCGCCAUCAGCCGGAUAUUAUUCGUCCCUGCCGACCAGCGUCCCCACCAAGAUCCAGCCACCAUCCGUCUCUUUGGGCACGAACGCCGGUUCUCACUCCGCACUGGCUCAUGCUGCAGCGUCCGGACCGGCCCCAGAGCCUGCGAUGCGAGAGAGCGAGCAACUGCCCACGGGCAUGACAUCGGCCGCGCCGCUCAAGAUGGACCCAGCCAAGACAAGCUCGUUUGUCAACGACCACGAGGAGAUGCUCGCCGCCGCCGAUGCCGCCAACCUGGCUGUGGUUGCUGCCGUGUCCAACUCGGAUCCCGAAGCCGAGGCCGAGCUGAUCGAGGAUGUGAUCCGGACCAGCCGCCGACAGAUCCGCGACUUUACCGAGCUGACCAAGCGCGAGAGCAAGCUCAUUGUCGACUUUACCAUGACCAAGGGCAAGAUGCAGCUCGGCAACCACGGCGAUGCCAGCCAGAGCGUCUCGGCUUCGUUUGAUGGCUUUGUUCUUGAGAUGGAUGCCCUGCUGGAAGAGAAGGCGCGGCUGCUGAUGGAGCUGCGGGGCAAGCUCAGGCAGAUCGUGAUGAACCGACCCUCGAUGGGAUACCGUCAGUAGAUUGCGGGACGGCAUGUGUACGAGGGUUGGCUAGCGUCUCUCGUUGCGCUGGCAUUUGUCCUCGACUCUGAUGCCCUGCCUUUUAGUUGCGUUGUUGUGUCUGUCUGUCGGUCUGCGAUCUGGGUGUACACCUGUAUUGCAGCAUGCGGGAGAGAAAUGAAACCCUUUCACGACGA